AGUGGCGGAAGGUAGUUUCUGGGCGGUGGAGGGCGCGGAUCGUCGUCCGCAAAGCCGUGCGUUCACCCCGUGCCGCGACGACAACAGGGCGUCGUUCGUUCUGGUGCGAGCGCCGGGAGUCCGCCGGGGAUUUCGCCGUCGAACCUGCGGGUCGAACCGAUUGAACCGGUCAUCCGGCCGGAUGCGCGUACUUGGAAUUCUGUGGCCGCGCGCGCGGGGAAGCCGGGCCCCUGCGGACUGCAUUUGUGCCGCGUCAAGACGAUUCCGUGUUUAGCUCGCGGCGAUCGACGUUCGCGAUCAGCAUCACGUUUCCACCGUCGUGCACCACGUGGCUACCGUCGAACGUGGCGAUCCUAUCGCGACGCAGCACACCUGGAUUCUUGACGUUGGAUAGUGGCCGUGUCGCAUGUGUCUGUCAGGAUUUACGCGAAGACCUGUCCGUGGAAAUACGAAAACGGGCGAAAGACCUUGCGGUUAGAGUUUGUCACGGGGUUGUGGUUAUGCUCGAGGUUGGAUAUCGACGAAACAGGCAUCUACGCCAAGGGAAACUUGAUCAAAGCGCGUCACUUUUGGACGGUGGAAAAGUUCACGCUCAAGGAACAGUGGAUGGACAAAUUUCGCGUAUGACUGAUCUCGUAUGUCAACGAAGAAAAUCGUUACUGUAAAGAACGUCACGUGGUUCUUUGGACGAUUUGCGUCAACGAGAGAGAACGUCCGGAAAUUACUGAAUCAUCGUCGCAAAUCUAUUCGAGCGAAGAAUAAUUAGACGCAGAAUUAACGUGAAUGCUAAAUCGCUCGGUAUCUGAUACGAUUCUGGGUGUGCACGAAUCUAAGUGUACGUCAUCGGAGUUACACAUUGGAGUUCAUUGAAGCGAGUUUCACGUGUCGGCGGAGUGGGUGGAUCUGCUAGAUGAUGACGCGAGGAGCCUUGUGAAGUGAGAUAUAAGAUCAUCGGGUUUUGUGAAGUGACGGCAAAAUAAGCGCCACAGUGUUAGUGAAUCGAGUUUCGACCGUCAGGUCAGUCUCGUCGUCGAUUCGCAAUUGUCAGGGAUUGCCCACGCGAUCGACCUAUUUUGGAUUACCCUGUAUAAACGUCGUGGAUUCGCGCCCUUCGUCGGUACGACGAGCACGUGAAUCGUCCCUUAAAGCGAGAAUCGAUCGGACCGCUUGCGUACAAAACUUCGUGGACUGAUAAAUUGGAUUGGAUGCAAAGUUUGUGCAAAAAUAUGCGGAAGCUGGAGAGACAUGCAAACUUUAUUAUUAGUGAUAACGGGUACAUUAAUGAAGCGAUGCUUUCAUGAAGUUGAUAGGAUCGGGACAAUUUCCUCUUUCUUGCCAAGUUAACGGCUAAUUGUGAUCGAGGUCGUCAACAAACGAAAACAAAAAGUUUGCUUUUAGAAAGUUUCAAGGGAAAUCACAAGACAACUCAAUCAAAAGAUGUACAGUGGAGGACGGAUGAAAGAUCAAAGCCAGAUUAUCGUCUUAUAUAACGUUUGGAAAAAUUUACAUACAGCCACAGUGUUUUCACUCAAUAUCAAGAUAAUCAAAAGUCUACGUUUAUAAACAUAUUAGUAAUAUAUAGCGCAAAUAUAGACAGAAGCGUAUGUAUACGAUGUCUUAAGCUGCAAAAGGAUGAAGAUCGUCACUAUUGAAAGAACAACCUGUUUCAGACUGCCAUCCUGAAAAGUAUCUCUUAUAACGGACAAAGUGAGAUUGAAGAAAAGAGGAUAACUCCCGUAUGUAACGACAUUGUACGAAGUACCAAGUAUUUACGGAAGAGUGGAGACACAACAAGAAAGAGAAACGCUUUACCACUACAAUCUCGUUUUGUAGAAAGGCAAAGCGAGCGAAUCUACUGCAGCAGGAAAUAUUAAUAGAUUCGGCGACUCUCUCCCUUUUAUCGAUUAUUUCCUGUUAUCCUACUCAGUAAAUAACAAUAUAAAUGAACGAAUACCAUCAAUUACCUCAUAAUUAUUAUUUUAUGAGAGAGGCAAAAUAAACUAAAAUAUAUAAUUCUUAAAGAAUCAAUUAAUAACUACCUCCCUUCCCUUCUAAGCAAUAGACAAAUAAUUAAUUAUCUCAAAAAAUAAAAAUAAGCUAAAAAAAAUCAAAAAUUUGUCAGAAAAUUGGGAACAUUGAUAAAUUAACGUUUACAUGUCUCGAGUUGAAUUAGCCCAAAUAAAAAGACAUAAGAAUUGCAGUGGCAGCGUUCAAAUUAGUGUUUAGAUCUUUUUGGCAACGUCGCUCAUUAAGUCGUCACAGUGUGUGGAUUGGGGCGAAUUCUCGGCUACAUCGGCGGAAGACCGUCGGUGGGGGCCACCAAUAUGUCGCAGUCCGGAUCAGGUGGACUGAGCGAUGCUCAAGGACAGAGCCAAGCUGGACAAACAACGGACAGUCAACAAACAACUUGCCAGAACGGUCGUGUUGAGCCACUUGCUGACACCACGAAGCAGGAUCUAUCCAACGGUUUCGAAAAUCGAACGUUGGAUUACGAGAGAUUUACCCAAGAAAGGACACAGCAUACUUCAGUUACUGGACAAGUUCAGGAUCAGCAGCCACAAUCGAUCUCACAUCAACAGCAGCAGCAGCAAUCACAACAACAACAAAUUGCUCAUCCGAUAGCGCAGUAUCCGUCAGGAAGAAGGCAAUCCGUAGGAUUACCGGAAGAUAAACAUCCUUCAACGGGUCAAGUACCACCCCCGCAGUACGGCCAAGACAAAUGUAACGCGGACAGGACUCAGCACGUCUCUCAGACCAGCACUCAGACGGUACCAGUGCAAGUGCAACCACAAUUUGCACCUGAUUAUGAUCAAAACCAAUAUCCGCAGAUACGAGGACAAUUUGAGGUUAGGUCACAGAUCUAUCCGCAAACGCAAUAUUCCGAUAGAGCUGGUUAUGUGACGAGAGACGUCACUUACCGUGACCCGAAUCUCUACGGUCAGAGUGGUACGACGAAUCCGAUAUUCACUGGACAAGGUCAAUACGUAACGGUUCAACAUGGCUCACAGAUACCUUCGAAAUCCGCCAGUCCGCAGCCACCUUAUUAUUCGGGUGUAGUGGUGCCACCACCACCGGCUGGUUAUGCUCAAUUCGGUACUCAGCCACAAUAUCCUUACAGUCAAUAUCCGCAAACAGUUAUGAACGCCGUACCGUACAAUCCGCACUCUGGUAUCUACCCGGCUCAGCAAUACCCCAGUCAACAAUCACCAAAUCCGCAGAGGUUUUCGCAAGAAAUCGGCCAGUAUCAGACGCAACCGAUCAUUCAGCCGAUUGCUCAGAACGUGACCCACGGAAUCGCUAUCCAGACGGAGCGGCCUUGCCGAGGACCGAAACCGAUGGUACCACCUCGUGGCAAUUCCAAGAUCACCACUCAUGAUUCUGGACAUAGAAAGUCUGCUAGUGUUGACGUGCCUGCAUUGCAAAAGGCAAAAUAUGAACCAAAUCCAACUGCUCAACAGGAUUCGAUUCAUCGUAGCGAUGGUGCUAUUAUUAUGACGGGCGCGCCAAUCGGCCCGGAUGGUCCGGAUAGAAGAUACUUAACUUCGAUUAAUCAAAAUCCUAGAACGAGACAGGAUGGUCUAUAUGUCGAUACUAAUGGUGAUCAAUCGGGAAGAGAGAAACUAGUCGACACAAUCGCCACCGACUGCAAUUUAUACGUAUCUAGAUCGGAGCACAGGAAAUCUGUAUCGGUCGACGUUACUACUAGCUUCCAAAGACGCAAUGAUACGAUAACUUUUACGUUUCCUGGUGAUGGUAAUCAAGAGAUUAUGUCGGGAAGGAAAGCUACAGCUGUGGUAGACGCCAAGAGAAUUGAGAAUCAGAUGUUCCCCGCUGAUCAAAGGAGAUUGGAUGCUAGUUUGCGUGUAUCGCCAAUGGCGUUUGACACAAGACAAGAAAACAGGAAGAGCAUAGGGGCUGAUAGAAAACCAGAAUGGGGUAAUGUGAGUCCGAAUCAAAGGAACGUUAUUCCACCAGAGAAUAGGCGCUCGGAUUAUUUUGAAGAACAUCGAAGAUCACCUAUGAAUUUGGAAAGCAAAAGAAUGGAGGAUGUAAGGAGGUCGCCUAUGCCAUUUGUGCCAAUUCGCGAAACAUCUGUUGAUCGCGCCGGACAGAAAAGUCCUUCUUUCAUUAAUCAAAACUUUGAGAAGACUAGACAGGAAUUAGCAAUCUGGGCGGAGCAACGUCAACGGCAGGAACACGACAGAAACAUUCAAGGUCCGAUAUUUACGACAAGUCCUCGUUCUCGUAACCCGUCAGAGGAAAGAAGAGACAUCAGACCGAUUCAUCUACCGGAUGAUCGUAAAGAAUCCAGAAUGUCUCAAUCGGCUUUUCAACCUCUUCCGAAUAUCAGUCAAAGCACUAUAAUGGAACAACGCCGACAUCUGAGACACGUUAGUGCUGAUCUAACGAAACAUAUGGAAUUAUCCAGAAAAGAUUUCGACGAACAGCCCAUUACUGGUUCCGUAGUGAAUCUUGGCUCGGUAGUCAGUACAGCUUCGUCACAGAGAGCCAGUCCAAAUCUUUGUCAUCAAUAUCCAGCUCUCAGCGAGGCAAAACUGGACACAAAAACCGUGUUGACUGUGGUAACUGAUUUUGGCGAGACGACUAAUAGCAAGCCAAAUGAGCAAAUCGAUCAUAUAAUUCACAGUCAUCGUAAAAGUCACAAUAACUCUAACUUGCUCACUCAUAGUAAAAGCCAAACAGAGAGCUUACAGAAUACAUUGGAGAAUCAGAGUGAGAAAACAGAUUCUCUGAACGCUCAACAGCAACAAUUACAAAAUCAACAGAGUCUCGAUUUAAUUUCCGAAAAGCUAAGUCAGUUCGAACGUCAGCAAAGCGACCUUCAAGCAAAGUUGCAAUGUCUUCAGAAUCAGAACCAAAUUCUGGACAAAGUGGCGCAGAUUCAACAGAGCGAUUUCCAGGCUCGUUUACAAAGUUUGCAAAAUCAAGGUCAAUUGAAUGAUAAGACUCAUAAGAUAUCUAGUGAUUUUGCACAACUGCCAUUGACAAGUGAUACCCAUCAGGUUCAAGCGAGUCCUCUUUCGAAUCAUCAAGAACCCUCGUCAGAUAAGUCUUGCUCGGCUCAUCAACACGGCCUUCAUCAGACACUUUUGACUACGUACCCGCAGACCGCCCUUCAGGCUUGCCAAUCAUCCAUGUGUGAGAAACUGACGUCUCGCGGGCAACUCGACGAUCCAAAUUCCAUUCAGAUACCGAACAUGUCGCAAAUGCCGUUACCAUGCCUUCCGCAAUUCGAUCGUGCCGACAUGUCGCGUACUUCGUUUUCCCAGUUUCAUCGACUUCAGUGCCAGAUCGAGGGCCACGAGAAUGCUUCAGCGACGAGUGUCAGUCUACCUGCCAGUUCCUUCACUGGUACAUUGAAGAAGAUACCACCAGAAAAACCACCGCGGACAUCUUUGAUAAUGCAGUCACCAGAAGCUGAGAGUAAUCGCAGCCAACCGGCCAUUGGACUGAAACAGACACCGAAGGCGCGGCCAACCAUUUUUGGAACAGUAGCCUCGGACCUAACUCCUAAGGAUGGGAACAGCCGGAAGAGCUUACCGCAAACACCAGCCGGCGGUGCUGGUGGAAAAGCAGGCGCGAGUGGUACCGCUUCGAACGCUGGAAUGGUCAAUGGUGCUGGUGUCGAUCAUGAAAACAUCCGGGACGGUGCUGGCAUAGAUGCAGAACUCGCUUUGGUGUAUCGAGAUGGCAACCUCGUCUCAGGCUCACUCGAGGCGUUAGUACAGCAUAUGGUACCUACGGAGGAAUAUUAUCCCGAUCGGGCGUAUCUCUUUGCCUUUUUGCUCAGCGCCAGGCUCUUCAUCAAGCCACACGAGCUUUUGGGCGAAGUUUGUGCUCUCUGCGAGCAUCAGCAGAAUUUGAAUGGGGAAGGUGGUAAGGAACGAUUGCAUCGCUUCGUGCCGCGGCUGGUACAGCUACUAGCGGAAUGGACGGAAACAUUCCCAUACGACUUCCGGGAUGAGAGGGUGAUGGGUCACGUUAGGUCCAUCACGCAGAAAGUCGCUGCGGUCGACGCCGCGGCCAGGCAGGAAGUUUCAGCGCUGCUGCAAAACUUGCUGCUACGACUGACGGCUCUGGAAAGGUACGAGGAGGGCCUGGCCAGACUGGCGACCGAGGCAGCGACGGAGCAGCUUACACAGGUGGAUAUCACCGAGCUUUGUCCGUCAGCCACUGUACUGGCACAACAAUUGACUCAUGUAGAACUUGAAAGACUCUCUUACAUCGGGCCCGAGGAAUUCGUGCAGGCUUUCGCCAAAGAAUCGCCGCAUUUAGAAACGUCUUUCAAAGACAUGAAAAAGACUCGGAAUCUGGAAUCAUAUGUUCAAUGGUUUAAUAGAUUAAGCUACUUCGUUGCGACGGAAGUUUGCAAGCAUGCAAAGAAGAAGCAACGUGUUCGUGUGGUCGAAUAUUGGAUCGAGACUGCUCGAGAAUGUUUCAACAUUGGCAACUUUAAUUCUUUGAUGGCGAUUAUCGCUGGCCUCAACAUGUCCCCGAUAUCUCGCUUGAAGAAGACGUGGUCAAAGGUACAAUCUGCCAAGUUUUCGAUUUUGGAGCAUCAAAUGGAUCCGAGCAGCAAUUUCAGUAGCUAUCGUAGCACGUUAAAGGCCGCAAUGUGGCGUAGCGCUGGCGCUACAGAUGAACGCCAGCGAAUUGUAGUGCCCUUCUUCAGCCUUCUCGUCAAGGACUUAUACUUCCUCAACGAGGGUUGCAGUAACAAACUGCCAAAUGGUCACAUCAACUUCGAGAAGUUCUGGCAGUUAGCGAAACAGGUAACCGAAUUUAUCGCGUGGAAACAAGUUGCCUGUCCGUUCGAGAAGAAUCCACGCGUCAUUGCCUUCCUCCAAGCGAGUCCUGUACUCACGGAAAAUACACUUGCAUUAGCAUCUUUCGAAUGCGAGCCGCCCGAUAAUAAUCCGGAGAAGGAACGUUAUAAAGCUUUAAAGUCUGAGAUGAAUGCCCAGUGAAAACGAGCUAUGCCGAAAUAUGCUGAAUGGGAACGAUAUUGAUAUAAAUAUACAUGAAGAUACAUUUAUAAAUAUUAAUAUAUUCGUAAUCGUAGCUAGUUUAUGCGCAAGAAUGAUAAGAAGAAAAAUGAAGAGUGGGUGAAAGAGCAAUAGUGAACUAAAGUAUUAUUGGGGCAACUUACGUGAAAUUAGGUACUUCUGUCUUGCGAAUUUAUGCAUCGCCAAAAACAACUCUCAAGGACGAUUUGGAAUUAUCAAGAGUAUUAUCUAAUCGAUCAGAACAAUUGCAUUAACUUUUUUAUUGCAUUUUUUUUUAUUACGUGUUAUAUUUAGAAAAGAGAAAAGAAAAAGAAAAAAAGGGAAAGAGAGAGAAAACUAAUUUAAAAAUAUUACACGUUCAUAAUUUUGACUUUAAUAGUCAAGCUAUUACAACCGUUUUCAAUUGUCGAAUUACCAUGAAGAAACAUUAUUUCUGCACAGUGCAACCAUGAUUUCAUUUCAAAUUCAUAGUCAACAAGACUGUGCGAAUCAAUUGAUAGCAUUUAAAUGAUAAUUAAAAUGCUAAUUGUCAAUAAAUGAGAUUGUAUAGAUCGAUUUUGAUCAAUAUUCGUGGGUCGAAAAUAUCGAAGUCUCGAGCAUCUUAGUGACCAAACGUCUUCAUAGUCAACGUGGCGUGAACAUGGAGUUAAAGACGCCUCGAGGACGACUAUGAAAUUCGCUCGACAAUGUCGCGUAGUAGUAAGUAUAGUUCCUAAGCCUUCGACUUGUUCGAUACCUUUUCUCUCGAGCGGAAACCGAACUACGACUCUCUUUAUAUCUCCGGACAAAUCUACGCGUGACCCGGAGAUUCCUCGGAUCCGUUCGAAAGAGACGCGAUCGGCGCGUUCAACCUUUUGUACAUAGUCCUUUUGAUAUACACUAACUCCUAGAUGUGAGAGAUAGGGUUGUUCCUGUAGAGUAUAAGUCUACGCGCGAUAAAUUCGAGAGAUAUAUCGUAAGGAUCGUCGUGCACGUACUUAAGAGGAUGAUGAAUUAAUCGCGAGGACGGUCAAUCGAGGCAAGGACAAAUAAAAAAAAGAAAGUCGAAAAUUUCGGCUAAAUGAACACGGCUCAACUGUGAACUCGGGUUUCAUAUGUUUGAUAUAUUAAUUCCGUAAAUAAUAAUCACGCUUUUCGUUUUUGUGACGCACGCGAGUAUAUAAUCUGCGAAUGAAACAUUGCGCGAAUAUAUAUAGAGCCACACACGAUAUAAACUGGUAAUAUAAAGUAAAUUUAGUCGCAACAAUCGUAUGCUUUUUCGUAAAAUUGGGCUGCAAAUAAAAUCGGAGAGACGUACUGAAAGCAUUUAACAUAUUGUGGCCAUAAAUUAUUCUUGUGAAUUAUAACGUGAUGUAUUAUGCAGACUUACAGAAAUGUACGUUUAUUUUCCCUCUGGGUAUUUAUUAAUUCGAUUUAAUUUAUAAAUGACUAAUUGUAAGAUGUUAUAAAUUUAGUAAUGAAAUAUGCUCACGGAUCAAAAAGCACAUCUGAAUGCCACGAAAAUUUAAUUAUUGUCAAAAUUGGCUUUUCCCAGGACAAAUUGGGUUCGGCAUCAAUUAACGUAAUUAAUAAAUAUAAAUGUAGUAUGCCGUGCCUUUGAUCAAACAUAGCGAAAAUAUAUUGAAUGCAAAAUUUGCAAAUUAUGAAAUAAUAUGAGAUAAAAUUAUGGAAUAUUUACUUGUCAAAGAUGUGUUUCUAACUCGUGCGUCGCUGUUUGUCGCGAAAUUAUACACUUCUCCCAUUAAUGUUUACAGUUAUAUAAAUUCAUAAUUUAUUGGCCGUCGUGCCAAUCGAGAUUACGGUUCUGCUCUAAUAUGCCAAAUAAAAUUUUCAUUUCUCUUUCACGUUCAGUCAAACGUUUGCUCAGAUAAAUUCGAAAAAGAAGAAGACAUGUGUUUCCGAACAGUUAUAGGGACCAAGAGUUUGUUUCUCCUGGGUACGUAAACAUUGUCUACGGCAUGACGACAAAUGCCGGGAAAUUGCGAUAAUAGGAUCGAAGAAGGGAAACAAAACGGACCGUUUCGAAUUUCAUUCAUCGAGUCACGACUUCACAGCCUGAGAGAAAAAUUGCAUACCAAUUGGCACAUUUUCCAAAUUACGAUGUUAUUUAAUUGGAAGAGAUAUGUAAGUACAGAUUGAAUAAAGAAAUACAAUAUUACAUUGUUAUGUAAUAAUAUUUUACAAUUGUAUCUUUGAAAUGAUAAUAUGUUGCUGCAGGGUAAGACUUCUUUGAGAAGAGUUCUCUUCUAUCCUUUUAUUUUGUUUCUAUUUAAUCUUUAACAAGAAUUCCAUAUUUUACUUAUUCUCAUAUCAAUAAAAUAAUCGAUAUUGAUAAAAAAUAGAUGUGUUCUUUUGUUGACAAGGAUAUUUUUAUUUUAUGCAUUUUUCAUACCCAUUAUCGGAGAACUAAAGAUAAUUUUGAGCUUCUUUCUUACAUUUCAAGCAAUGUAUGUUUUUUUACAAAAUUCAUAUUUUUAUGGCGUUUUUCUCUCGGCGCAUGAAGUAGAAAAUAACGAGCAGAUACGAAAUGCACUUAUCGUUAAUACCAAGUGUACAGACAGAUCGCGUAACAAAGAAAGUAUCGUUUAUUGAUCGAAACGACAAAUUAUGCGAGCUCUGCGCAAAUCAGAUCAUCGUAAAGAAUACUCAUCUCGAUAUAUUAAUAAAAUAGUCAUUAAUUCAUGCCACGUUAUUCAUAAAGUGCGAUUAUCUGUAUACUUUUCCGCAAUCAAUGUUUUUAUUACAUACCUUUUAUAUGUGUAUUUAUCGAAAACUUGUUGAGUCAUUUUUAUGAUUGAAUGUCCUUAUUAUAAGCAGAGUUGAACGUACGUUUUUCAUUAAGAAAUGUUUUUAAAACUUUUUAUAGAUAAUGUAGAUUAAUAUAAUAAUAUAUAGAUUUAGGUAACAAAGGAAAUGCACGCAUAAGGAUGCGUCAAAACUUGUUGUGUGACAACGUCGUUGUAACAACGUCUUUUUUAACAUUUUUACAAAUUUACAAGUGACCGAUGUAAUCCGUCACUGUUUACUUGCCAUUUUAUAAAUAUUUGACCGUCUUCGUCCAAUAUUAUUCAAUUAUUAAUAAUUCGCGGAUAUUCGAACGAGAUCUGGUUGCGCCACAAGCUCGCGGCAAUUUUCCAUAAGUGUAACGAUCGAAUCGACGAUUACACAUGCACGUUAUCGUAAAUCAAUUAUUAAUGGUAAGACUAAUUAUAUAUUGUACCAUCUUAAGCGGCGUGCGUGUUACAUUGUCAAUAUUUAUAGCAUUAUAUUGCGGUUGUAUGAUCAUCAUGAAGUUCGCGUUCAUCAAUUUCUAUCCCUUUGACUUUUGUUGAUAUAAUCGAAAUCACUUCCGUUAAAUUCUCGUUCCUUAGAUAGCGUCAUAUCCUCAACAAAUUUUCCAUUGUGUUAUUUUAUACGAUUUUUAACAACGCAAUAUGUUUGCAAGUAAGAAUGUCACUACGAACAUACAGAAUGAUACCGAGCAAAACAUUUUUCAAUUUCUCUAUUUAUUCUCACUAUUUCGAUCUUCUGUAUUCUUUUAUCACUACUUUUUUCCUCUUGUCCGACAACACUGAUGACAUUCUGUAGUUAACGAUACUGUACAUAAAAAAAAUGAUCAUGUGUGUAUAUAUAAUUAUAUACGUAUCUGUACGUUACUUAGAUUUAAACUAUAGGCCGUAAAUCGAAUUUAGGAGUCAGCGCAGCAAAAGCAAAAGAAUUCACUUUACGUCGAGAUUUAUGAUUGGUAUCAACGAUCAUAAUCGCAGAUCAUCAAUCCGAAAUUGCCUAACACGACUUUGAAGUAUAUACGUGCGUUCAUCCUCAAUUUAUAGAGAAACGACGAUAACUUUUGCUUAAUAUCUAGUCACUAGAUUAGUUUGACCUGAAUUUGUGUCAUUAAAAGAACGGACCAAUAUUUCACAAUCUUUUUUUUAAUUAUUAUUAUUUGAAUUAUUAUGUAUGAAAAUACUCUUUUCUCCAUUUUUGGAGUAAAUAUCUAAAGAGAUACUUCGAACUCUCCAUCAGAGAACACAUGUUACACGAAUGCGUUGCACGAAUCUUUAUUUCUACUGCAUAAUGUUCUAAAGAAGAUAUUAUUUAAAUAUUUUGAUAAAUUUUACAUUUUACAUUUUGUAAUUUUAUUUUAUUUUUAUUUUUAUUUUUUUUUAUACAUUAUUUUAACGUAUUAUCCAACGACACAGAUUCAGGUCAUUUUAUGCCUAAAUUAAGCGAAUUCAAGUUAGAUUUAAUAUUAAUUUCCAUGCUAAGCGCGCAUAUUUUUGAUCAACAUUCCCUUAAGUGAUAUAAGAUCGUAAUUGCACCAUAAAUAGGAUAUUUCCCUUAUAGAAUUCUGUGAACAAUUCACUCCUUGUUUGUUAAUACAACUGAUGUAUCUAAUAUUUUCUAAUUAUCUUUUUUUGCAUACGCACUGAAAAAUGGUAUUAUGGUAAAUGUCGAGCGGCAAAUCUUAUUUACAAGAUUAUUAUUUAAGAUUACUAAUGUCUUGCCAAGAAAAAAAUUAACAAUCAUGUACCUAGUGUGAUUUAAAAACUUCCUUUUAUUCGCGAACGUUUAUAAACACGUCGAAAAUCGAUGUACGCUAUGAUAUAAAUCGAUAUGACAUACGCUAAAGGAUAAAAGUUACAGUUUUACAAAGAUUGCACCGAAAAUUAUGAUUAUCGAUGCUAUAAAAUAACGGUAGCAAUGAACAUACGAAUCCUCUAGCAUGGGUGUUGUUAGUCUCGAAGGUAAAUAUAUUUCAAAGCGAAAAACUGAAACAAACUUCCAUCGCUGUAUGAUAUCCGAAAUAUUUGCCUUGGUAAAAUAUCAAUCUAGCUGUAUAUUUCGCAGAGAAACAAAGAAAUGUUUGUAGAAUUAUUUGUAAUAUACGUCUUUCCGACUUGUAAAUCCUUAGAUUUUUUUUUAAUUAGCAAUCAUAAUUUUCGGUACAAUCUUCGUAUUGAAGUAUACAAAUCUUUCCAAACUUUAUCUAGAAUCGAUAUAUUGUUUUCUGUCGUAAUGUAUAAUUUAUAUUUUAUGUAUUGUGAUUACAAUGUCCUUUUCGGUUUUCUGUUUAUGUGCUUUUUAAGAAAAUCACUGUUGCAAGAAGUAAUUUAAUAAGCGAACAAUUAUAGUUUUCGUUUGAUCAGCUACUCUGAUGAUAGAUCAGUCGUAACAAUAUAAUGUUAUUCACAGCUUAAGUUUACAUUGGAAACACAUUUUUUCCGCGAUUGUAUAUGUACAUCUUCUAUUUAAUUUGUAUAAAUGCCAAGUUAAAUUGUCACCUUGGAUUGAAUCGGAUCAAAUAUAUAUAUUGGGACUAUUGUACAUAAAAAAUAGGCUCAAUCAUGUAAAAGCCACAGAAAAUCAGCAAUUACAAUUACUGUAGAAAUGAAGAUGUCUUAUGAAAUAAACGGCAAAUUAACAGAA